AUGACCACCUCCAAGCACAGCAAGUUUGGCAGCGGGCCCCAGGAGGUUCCUGGAGGGCGCUGCGGAGGCUGGGAGCACUGCAGGCAGAGACCCCUUCUCCUGGCCCUGGCUGUCCUGGUCACCACAGUCCUGUGGGCUCUCAUUCUGAGCAUCCUAUUGUCUAGAGCCUCCACGGAGCGCGGGGCGCUUCUCGGCAGCCAGGACCAGCUGAGGACAAACGGCUUGGGGACGCAGGCACAGCUGCAGACCACGCGCGCAGAGCUUUUGGAGACGCAGAAGAAGCUGAUCCAGCACGAGCACGCCCUGAAGGAACUGAGCACACGCGUGACUCAGGGCUUGGCUGAAGCGGGCAGGGACCGCGAAAACGUCCGCAAUGAGCUGUUUCGGGCACGGGAGGCCAUCAGGUUCCAGAACAGCUCCUGCGAGGAGUGCGCCGCGUCGUGGCUGCCCUUCGAGGGCUCCUGUUACCUUUUCUCCAGGAGUGCUUCCACCUGGGAGGAGGCCCAGCGCAACUGCGUGGGCUUCGGGGCGCACCUGGUGAUCAUUGGGGGCCUGGAUGAACAGGGCUUCCUGAGUCGGGAUACACGUGGCGACGGUUACUGGCUGGGUCUGAAGGCUGUGCGCUCCGCUGGCCAGAUUCAGGACCACCGGUGGGUGGAUGGAGUCCCAGUCAGCUUCAGUUACUGGAAUUUGGGGGAGCCCAAUGACUCUCGAGGGCAAGAGGACUGCGUCAUGAUGCUUGACACGGGGCUGUGGAACGAUGCACCGUGUGAGGGAAAGAUGAGCUGGAUUUGUGAGAAGAGGCGCAGCUGCUGACCCAGCCCAGUGUCCCCGAGCCACGCCCACGGCCUCACUUAGCGUCUCAGGUGCGGCCCAUCCUCGUGCCUUCAGGCGCCCGUUGCCGAAGAUUUUGUCCCCUUCCACCGCUACUGACAACCCCUCGGCCCAGCUCACCCUGUCCAGUGCCUGCGCUCAGGGACCUCCUCUCCAGCCUCAGUGCACUCCCCAUCCCCACACGCGGACUUACCCUAACUUCCACCACUCCAGAAUAUAAUCGCAUAGGUCCCAGGGAUCUGAGGCCACCUCUCUCUUUGCCCUAGUCAGGGGAUUGAGGGAUGGAGCUGUAGGGUUUUCCUGUAUUUCCCACAAGACUGGGAGCCUCAGGGAGCAUCAAUAAAUGCUUGAAAAAUGAAUCUAGGCCCCUGGUUCUGGUGAGCUCUUCUUGACUUUAUCCCAGAGAUUCAGAUAUACUCCCUGUGAGUGACACCUGACCUCUGUGGUGAUUUCUUGAUCCUAUGAUGUCCCCAACCCAGUGGGUAACCUGCACUGGGCCAGGAGGUAGAGGCAGUUUCCCACUCAGUACUGUGACCUGCACAGCCCCUGGCAUGGGGCCUGGCUCAGAGGGUGCUGGGGACACAGAAAUGGGUCCUUACCCCGGGACUUCCUCAUUCUGGUGUAGGUGGGCACAGUGACCAGUGAUGUAAUGGAGCGAUUAAUGGAGGAGUGACAGCUGAUGUGUUUAAGGAGCCAGGUUUGUCCUUGGGGAGAGGGACUGUGCUGAGAUACUGCAGUGGUGGCCCUGUUUUGUGAGAAGACUGUCACCCCAUUGUGGAGAUGACAGGCAGCCUGAAACAAGGCCCUGGGGCAGGUAGGAGAGGGACUGUCCACAUCAGAUGAGUAGGUCUCUUCUGCCCUGGGCACACAGGGCCUGGUGUCAUUGGAUGAGGUGUUCAGGAAUUACAUCCCAGAGAAGGUGGACUUCCCAGGAACAAUGGAAUUUCAUUGGGUGGAACUGGGAAGAAAGGGAUUUGCAGGCAGAAAUCCCAGCAAAAGAUAGGCCAGGAGGUUGGAAAGUGUGGAGGAUGGCUGAACUCACAUGGGGACAUGGGUGGCACAGAAGGAUUGGGGGACUGGUCAGUUCCAGCGCUAAAAGAUUUCCACCUGGCCAGGGAAUUUGGACAGUGUUCCUUCCUCAUCCUGCUUUGCCAACUGGGGACUUUUGAUCUGAAUCCAAAUAAACUCAUCAAAUCUC